UUAUCUGCUUGUUGGACAAUUAUGUAAAUGUAUUAUCUGAAAAGUUAUAGCUACGUGUACAUACACACAUAUAUAUACCAAGCCAACCAUAGUCCAGCUAUAAAAUAGAAGAGCCUUAUCUUUAUUCAUGUUGCUUCCAAAUUAACAUGGCUUCCAUAGUGUUCUCAUAUCCUUCUCCUCUUCAUUGUCCACACCACAUAUAUCCAUUAACAUCACAACACCCUUCAAAGUUUUCCAUUAAAAUCCAACCCAAAAAGCACUUUUUCAUUAGAAGCACAUCUUUGAACUCCCCUUCUGAGCCUGAUUUUCCAACUCCAGAUCCUUCUUCUAGCACAGUCAACAGUCCAGAGACUUUUCCCAUUGAGAAGAGAAGAAGAUCAGAGAUAGUGAGAGAAAGGAGGGCAAGAAAACUUGAGAAGCCAGAGCCACCAAACUUUGAAAUUGGUUGGAAAAGGACUAAAACGAUUAACCUUGAGAAGCCAAUAGGGCAUGUCAUAGCUGAUUUUUUGGAGAAGUUGGAGUCCCUCAUGGGAAAGGAAUUUGGGUCAACAGAACUGUUGGCAAAGGUUGGAGAAAUUGUUGCUGAAAGGGCAAGAGAGGAGGCUGAGAUUUUGAGAGAUGAAGGGAAAGUAGAGGAGAGAAUGGUGACUGAACUGUUUAGAGUUUUGAGGUUGAUGGAGAUGGAUUUGGCCAUGGUGAAGGCUGCAGUUAAGGAAGAAACAUUGGGUGAGAGACUUGAACAAGCUAAGGCAAGGUGCAGACAAGCCAUACUUGUUGCUUAUUCCUUUUGAAUUCUUACAUGGGAAUUUGACAUUGGAGAUGUACAAUGUAACAAUAAUAACUUGAAAAUGUUGCUAGGUAUUUAUUUAUUUUUUAAUUGUGGUUGAUUGAUAUUUUAAUAGUGAUCAGAAUUUUUUCACCUAAAGAAAGACAUCAGAUUUGGAUUUAGACAAUAUAUCAUGCUUAAGACAUUGUUUUCACAAUGUGAUAAUGAUUUUAUUUAUGUUAAAGAGUUGUCUGUGGCAUUUUGAGGUUCUUGUGUCUGAAUUGGAUUCUAUGACGUUAGAACAUUAAUGGAUUACUCACAAUUGGCUUGAACUU